AUGCGUGCACAGAAGCUGGUAAAGCUACGACAUGAAAAGCGGGUGUGGUUUGUAGGGCUUAAGGUGGUGGGUCGGGGAUGCUGCUUGGAGAUGGUCACUACUGAUGAAAGGGUUGGUGUUUCUUGUCCAGGAGGGGGUGGCCUAGGCUUAGGGGUGGAUGGGUUUUGCUUGUCGACGUUGUAG